AAUUCCGAAGGGAGGGAGGGAGGGAGGUCGUGCCGUUGCAUGGGAGAUGGCGACGACGAUGGAGGCAGCCGAAGCGUCGCCGCUGGAGGUGUCGCCGCGGGCGGGGAGCUGUCGCCGGUCGCGGCCGUGGAGCCGGAGCAGCAGCAUCGGGCAUAGCGGCAGCAUCGAGUACACGAGCCUCUGCGACGUGCUGGAGGAAGAGUGCGGCGGCGGCGGCGACCACCACCCGUGGCGCGGCGGCAGCGGCGGCGGCGGCGGGAGCGCCGAGUACUCGUGCCACGACAUCCACGACUUCGACCCGUCCAACAUCGGGAUCCGGAACCAGCUGCUGAAGCACGCGGCGUCGGCGUACCUGCAGUCGGCCGUGGUCGUCGCGGCGGGCCGCGACGAGGAGUGCUGCCUGGCCCGCCUCUGGCGCCGCGUCGGCUUCGGCGGCGCCGGCGCCGGCCUGGGGUGCGUGGACGACCCCGCCGCGUUCGUGGCGCGCUCGGCACGCCGCCUCGCCGCGUUCGUCGCCGGCCGCGUCGGCGCCGUCUGGCCUUCCUGCCGCUGGAACUCGUCCCCGAGAGCAGAGCCGGUAGCGUAUAACUACGAUCCUGCCGAUUACUAG